GUGUUCCACGUUAUAGGUUCGUGAGAGGUUGCAUCAGGCAGAUUAAAAACAGCCGCGCUGUGGUUUCGACGCUGUUUUUUAAAAUAACAACAAAUCGAAGCAUCUGCAAGCGGCUCUGAUCGCCGAGCUCUUUCCUCUGUUAAAGUAAUCGCAGUAAUAUCGCAUGUCCAAUAUACAGAACCUCCAGUCCUUCGAUCCCUUUGCUGAUGCCACUAAGGGUGACGACUUGCUCCCGGCUGGGACUGAGGAUAAAAUCCACAUAAGGAUUCAGCAACGGAACGGCCGCAAAACGCUGACCACAGUGCAAGGCAUCUCCGAUGAAUAUGAUAAAAAGAAACUUGUAAAAGCCUUUAAAAAGAAAUUUGCCUGCAAUGGUACAGUGAUCGAACACCCAGAGUAUGGAGAGGUGAUUCAGUUACAAGGGGACCAAAGGAAGAAUAUCUGUCAGUUUCUGCUGGAGAUCAACAUCGUAAAGGAAGAGCAGUUGAAGGUUCACGGGUUUUAAAAUGCUGGCCCCUCCAGUGCUUUCUAAAGGACUGCACCAGCAUGUAGCAAUCCUAGUAUACUCAUGGCAGGGUUUUUGUGACCAUAAUGCUGACAGCAGGGUAAAACUGUCUGUUUUUUGCAGUCAUUUCAAGCUCGAAUCUUCUUAAUGAUCUCAAGUGGACCACUAAUUCCAGGCUGGUCUGAAUUACAUGCUGAAUCUUUGUUGCUAAUGCUCGUGAAAGUUUUAUGAUUGAUGCACUCCGUUGCACGAUAUCUUUUUAUCAAGGACAAUAAAGUUAUGUAACUUUGCACA